GCGAUAUCACUUGAUAAAUUGGUGGCUUCACGUGACGCUCCAUCAACAAAUCCUUCACGACUGUCUGAGGAAAGAAGUUAGAAAAGACGACCAUUGAUGUCCUCGCCGCGCACAGAAGGGACUUCGCUCUGACUGGACAUACUUCAUACUUUUCUGAAAAAAGAAAAUAAUAACGAAGUGAGCAGGGAAGGUUUUUAUUUUCUUUUAUAGGAAGGUCGAUGCGUUUCCGGACUUUAUACAUCAUCCUGCCGGUGCAUCAUGCACCGUUUUGCCUUUUUGUAAACUUGGUUCUCAAAAAGAAAAAAAAGCGAUAGGCUCUGUGUGUAUCGCCUUGCCUAUCAUAUUUUCUUAAUCAUUACUGUAUCUGUUAUUCCUGUCCUUUUAGGAAUUUCAGCAUUCCUGAUGUAUCUCAUAUAUUUUUAAAAUUCCAGGUAAACAAUUUAUAUCAACCAUGGCAGCUGUUGCAGAUAAAAAGCUAACAGGACUUGUCGCUGCCACAUUUACCCCAUUAACGCCUCAAGGGUAAGCAGCCACUCUCUUUGAUCGUUUUCUUUUUUGUUUGCACUAAUUGAUGUGCAUGCUUUGAGAUCAUGUGCUGUCUGCUGUCCUGAAAAAAGAAGACUAUAAACGAAAAUAAUUAGUGUACUUGAAAACAGUGACUACAAACUCCCAAUGAUCGCUAUAAUAUGCCCUCUUUGGCAUAACUAGUGGGCAUAUGUUUUUUUAGUAAGACUAUGAUUUUUCACAUUUUCCCAAAACAGUGAAGUCAACCUAUCACAGAUUGGCCCUUACAUUGACUACUUGACACAGAAGCAAGGUGUAAAAAACAUAUUUGGUAAGUUUCCCUUCAGGGAUCCUCCUUUUGGUUUUUAUUGUUUCUGUGUUCCCAUUUAAGUCAGUCCAACAAAACCCUGUUGGGUUAGACAGAAUAGUUCUCAUUGUGUAAGACAUUUGAUUUCCCUUCGUUGAAAAACAGGAUCUGAAAGUGCUGUGGGUCAACCCGACUCAGCAGAAAAAGUGCUUGACAGUGUUAGAUUCUCAUAUUGGUUUCAUAAUAAGUCUGUGCCAGACAAAAGGCCAUAGGAUAAUGCAGUUUCUCAUUUGUAUGAAGACAGACAUUUAAUACCAGCCAUUAUAUAAAGGUGCCUCCAAAAACUCAAAGUAUCCCUAUACCUUGACCCCUGAGAUCCAUUCUCUAAAAAUUUGUAACAGAGCUGAAUCGAAGAGUUUUGUUUUAUAGCAGCAUUGUCACUACACAUCUGUAUGUCCUAAAUUCAUAAUCAAACCUUUCUUUUUUUCAAAUCUGGACUCUAGCCCCUCCUGAAAGUUAAAAAAAAAAAAAAACGCACUCAAAGGCUUUCAGCUAAUGAUUACCAUUUGCUUUAACAUUUCUAGCUCAUUACUGUCACUAGUCUAGUCUGAAAGGAGAAAAGGUCUUGUAUUUGACAGAGUGCAAGAUCACACUCUUGAAUGUCUUUGUCAUACCUUGUAAAUAAAUCUGUUCAAAGAAAUCCUGUUAAAGCUCCUGUAAGGAACUCUGUGUUUGGAUCGCCCUUACCCCAGCGAACUGCCAGCAGACACUCACAGGGGUACAGUCAAAUAUGUUUAUCCACUGUGGAUAUUUACUUUGGUAAAUGUAGUAAAAUUCGGAUUUUUCAGCCUGCUGCCAGGCUUCUGGUCUGGCCUGCUCCCUCACAGCGAUUCAACAGAUGUUCAAAAUUCCAAAUAUUGUAAAUGUUGCUGAUGAUUUCUUUAAUUACAAUUUUUUCUUACCUUAAGGGAAGGUUGUUUUUGAUUUUGUGGAAAGCCUUAUCUGUUUUUUCCUUAUCACACUAACUAUCCUUCUCAUAGAGACAGAGAGAGGGUAUGAUAAGGUAAAAAUGUGAAGUCUGCCCUUUCCUUUAUAUUAAUCAAGGGUAUUCAGUGUCUCCUGGAUGGUAAAGUGAUUUCGUCUUUAUUUUAAAUCCUAUGACACCCAAUUAAUCAUUGAAGUUUGUUCUAAGGUCAGCUUACUUAGAGUUAUUACUGCUGACAACAACCUAUGUGCUCUUAGGCGACCGAGAAUAGAUAUCUGAUGGUGCCUGGUAGGCUGAGCUUAGUAGAGUCCAGUGUAAUUAUACUUUUUAUAUCACGCUAUAAAUUUUCUAUGCGCUCUUUGUUUCCCACAUGUUGUCUGAUAAGCUGCUUAAUAUAGGUUGUGUCUGUGAUGUAGCCACACUAUCUGUAAGUAAGACAAUAUUUAACUCGAUUACAGUCAAUGGCACAGCCGGAGAGAGCAUGUCCUUCACUGUUGCAGAGAGGAAGAUGCUGGCAGAGGAGUGGUGCAAGAAAGCAAAGGGCAUGUGAGUUAAGUAGCAGCCUUUUUGGCGGGCCUGGAGAUUUAUCAAUGUGUUUCAGCUAAAGCAAGAGCCAAAAAUGCUGACUGGUUUGAAAUGUAUUUGUGUGCAGAAUGGAUCACGUGAUCGUGCAUGUUGGAUGCCUGAGUCUCAAAGAUUCCCAAGAACUGGUGAGUGGCUGUUUUCAUGUCAUGUAUGACAGAUAGAUAUCAGUUUUACAACACCCAAUAUGUGAGAGAGCAGGUCAGCUGAUUGCCAAUAUCAAAUUUUUUGUUGUCUUAUUUUGGAUUUUUGUGAAAUAGAAAAAUGAGUAAAUGCUAAAAACUGAGGAACAACAUUUUUAAAGUUUUUGAAAUGGCAUCAGGUGCUUGUGGAUUUUUUCUAAUCAUUUAAAAUUACUAAAAAAGGGUGAAAAUACAGGGAAAAAAAUUGGGGGUUGGAGAGAUUUAUCAUUACUUGUACGUUUAAACCUAACAGACAUGGUUAUCUUAGCUUCAGAUCAUUUCAAGUGUCAUCCUGCUUUCUUUUGACAGUCUAUAACUCAGUGUGUUUCUCUGCCAUUUACAAUUUAAACAAAAACCCUCUAUGUAGCGUGUUGUAACUUGCUUCAUUUGUCCUCACCGACAUUGUGGUAGCAUAUACAAGCAUUAAAAAUAACUGUACAAUAGUAAUUAAUCUGUACAACAAUGGACAGUGUUGAUUUUGCAUUUGCUGAACAGAUCAGUUUAAAAAAAUCACUCCCUCUCUUCUUGGGCUUAAGCUCAUCUAGACCGCAACCACAUGUUUCAUUCAUCCAUCCACGUUAGUUUGAACUUGGUCCAACACCUGCUGCCAAAGUUGUUUGUUUUGUUUGUUCAAGUGCACAUAUGUUCACCGGCUUUUAUGACAUAACCUCAAGAUCUGAAUGCCAGCACAUCCCUGCUGUCUUCAGUACAAUGGACAAUACUUUUAUUUCAACACAUAAUAAAGAGAGUAUUUUUUAUUUUUGUCAUCACAUUUAAUGCAAUUGAGUUAAGAAAACAAAAAGUUUUGCGUUGACGCCACAGUAAAGCAUUUUUAGCUGGUACUGAAACAGACUGAAAUUAAUAGUGGUGCCUCUACAUGAUCUUCUGAACCAAAUGAGACCAUCAGAAAAAAAAGGGAGAUUAUUUUGAACACAAACUCCGUCCCAGAACAGGUUAUGUGUUCAGCAUAAAUAUCACCACGAUCUGCCCCAGUGACAUACUUUUGUACAACUGAAAACCUAGGUAACUCUAUAAUUUCAAAUCUUGUUUUACAGCAUACCUCACGGUCUGCAGAUUUCAUGAUUCAAACAGCCAAUCAGGAUUAGCUUGCACAUAACCGGCAACACUGUACAAGUUUGCAUUAUCUGGCUUCUAGUGACUUAUGUUUACACCAGUAACACCAUAUCAAAAUUUUGAGGUGUAUACUGAUCGGUUUUUGGUGUUUCUGUCCUUUUUGUUUGCAACAGCUGGCAUGCCUCUUUGGUACAAUCAUUGAUUUAAGAUCAUUCAAGGUGGUAAAGGAAGAGGGUGAUGGUUAUACUACUAAAGUCAUUUUUGAAAGAAUGCACUACAAAUUGUGAUUCAUCACGAAUCUCAUGAAAUACUAUUUUCUGCUGUUUAUAAUAUGUCCUGAUUGUAUUUUGAGCAAAGUUUUGAGUCUAACAACAUUAAACACUACAAGCUCAGCUUGUGUAGAAUAUCUGCAGCCUCUCAGUUUCAAACCUCAUUAUACGUGCAAUGAUCUGAGUGGGCGAGGAUGUUAUGAGAACGAGGCACUAAUGCUGAUUGGCUGCCUGAAUGUCAUCUAAAGGGGAAGGUGUCAGGUGAAGAGUGAGGAAGAUAGUAGAAAACUCUACCUAGGAGGUUCCCUCUGAAAAAAAAUGCAGUAGACUUGUUCAUGUGUGUAACACCAACCCUUUCAUAUAAAGUACUGAUGCCUGUUACAGCCCAUCUUGUGGGAAAAAGGGAAGAAAUAUAAAAAGGAGAAAUAACAAAACUAAGUGGGGGGAACUGCAAAAGUGCUGAGGAGUGCUGUUUAAAUCAAUGAUGAAGGAAAACAAAGAGGACUCUGACUUGAGAUUUCCACAUUAUGCUAACGCAGUAAAAAAAAAAAAACCUGACCUCCCAAACUAACAAAAUUUAGUGUGUAAACAUCCCAUCACAAGUGUAUGUUUGUGUGUUUUAUGCCUAUAACUAAACUUUGAGUGGCUCCAUGUCUGCUCUGAGAGCUUGAGGUUAACAGAAACACUGUAGGGGCUUUUUCACUUUCAUAUUCUCAGGGUUACUUGACUGAAGAACGACUGUGGUCCACUAUAUGUUCAGGCAUAAGAAUUGUGUUGUUCAUUAAAUGGAACCCUGAGAAAGGGUAAAAAAUUGUGUUAAAAGAAAACACUUAUGUGUAAGCAGGUAUAUUAUAAGCCAAAAACAUAUACCCCACUAUGAGCACAAAGAACACUGGAAACGCAACUUUAAAAGUUCCUCACAAGAGCUCACUUGUCUCUCAAACUUUCAAUGCUCUGGCCUAUAAUUUCUUCAGUUUGUAGGAAUAAAACACAGAAAUGUGGAUCAUUGUUAUUAACAAUUAUACAGACAACAAUCAGAUUGCACGUGAGUCAUUUCACUCCACUGGUUUAAAAAAAAAAGUAUUUUUCUCCUGUGUUACUGUCAUGACCCACUUUGGGGUUGAAGCAAUACUUCAGUCUUCUGUUUGGGGGAAAUGGCAGUCAGGCCUGAAAAAUACUUGAUGUCAGUAUGAGAUAUCGUCCUACAGCUAUAGUAAACAAGUGAUAUGUCAUUACGAGGAAAUUGCCAUUUUAGGAAAAGUAAUGUGCCAGACUAUUAAGCAGUUGCCAGGCAACCAGUCAAGAGGAGAAGAAACUAGCUGUGGCCAAGCAAUAGAAAUGUAACUGCCUGAAAAAAUAAUCACAAAUGGUCCUAUUUAAACUUUCAUGUAGAUUUAAUGAAUCAUAUCAUGUGUUACAGUUGGCAGUUUUGUCACUUGACCCCAUAUCAACUCUCCCUACAGGCUCGUCAUGCUGCAGAGAUAAAGGCUGAUGCGAUCGCAAUUAUGGCCCCCUUCUUCCUGAGGCCCAAAAAUGUGGGUAUGUGAUCACAGAACAUCUAUUUGCACUUGUCAUUUAAGUUUCAUAACACACUGUGACUGUGCUGGAUACAUAACAACCUAAUAAUACACUUUCAUAGUACAAAUAUCUCUCUGUCUCUCUCAUUUGGCCUCAGCUGCUUUGAGGAAGUUCCUCCAGGAAGUGGCUUCAGCUGCCCCAUCUAUGCCUUUCUAUUACUAUCACAUUCCACGCAUCACCAAUGUAAAUCGUAAGUGUCAUUUGGGAUUGAUGAUUGGAGAAAAUAGGAGCGGUUUUAAGCAUGUCCAACAAUAACAGAAGUUUGUGUUUUUCGUUUUUGCCAGUGCCUGUGGUAGAUCUGUUGGAAGACAUUGAGAACGACAUUCCUUCAUUCAGUGGCGUGAAGUUCUCUGCAUCUGACGCGAUGGACUUGGGCCUGUGCAUCAACAACAGUAAGCCUCAGUGGACAGUCCUCUUCGGUGUAGACGAGGUAAACGUUUUCUAUUUAAUCUUCUCUGGUGCAGCAGAUUUAUGCUUGAUAGCAAAAUGACCUCCACCCUGAAUCCAUUAACCACUUCUUUUUUUAUUUCAACUCAGGAGCUGCUCUCAGGUCUGGCAAUGGGAGCUCAGGGAGCAAUCGGCAGGUAAAUGCAGGUUCUUGUGUCCCUUUUUAAACUUUGUGCUAAACAGUUAAUUUCAUCUCUUGUCAUGUUUUUUUUACAGCACAUAUAACUACCUUGGAUGUCAUAUAAACAAGCUUUUGGCUGCAUUUGAAAAGAACAACCUUGCUGAAGCCAGAAGGAUACAGGUGCCAUUCUUCUUCUCUGAGUCCUUCCAAACUUUGAUACUUUCGGUCAAAUUUGAUGACUAAUGUCUUUUUUUCUGAUUUCCAUUAACAGUAUAAUCUGCAGGAGCUCCUCAGAUAUGCAAAAAAAUAUGGUGGUGAGUAAUACUUAUGUAUUGAUUUUUGCUACCGUUCUACAUAUAUUUACCAUAAAUUGUGUAAAAAAGCAUGGACAACACAACAGCUCUCCUCAAGUGAAACCAAAAUUGUUAAAGUUCCCCAUGGUGAAUGGCCACUGUAUACAUCUUACCCCCAAUUUCCACCACAUCCGGCACGGCUCCGAUCCGGAACAGCAGUGAUUUUCGCGGUCUGCCAAUUCCUACCGCAUCCGUUUUUGAGGCAAAUUUCGUGGCAGAUUACCAACAGAGGGAAUCGCAAGAACUCGCAAGAACCCGUGGAUCCACAUGCAAUCAUGCGAUAACGAAUUGUCUCUAUAAAGAAAGCAGCAUAACCAUAAAAGCAGUAAAAUUGUGUCCUUCUAGAGGAGGAAAUCCACCUCUAGACUUCUAAAAUCAGCAUCUCCUCAUCCGUGGUGUCAUCGCGGUGAAAUGCUGUCUAAAAACCUUUCACUUGUUCGUCCCCGCCUGUUUGCAUGGUGUGAAAUACGAUCCGCCUGAAACACGUGGUGCUUUAUUUUGAAAGGAAGCCGGAUGUUUUAUUUUGUGUCUGUGCCCGACUUCCUGUCCAGCCUGGACUAAUCUGUGCUGAAUUUAUCCGGCAUGCUUCGGCGUCCAGACAAAAAUAGAACUCUUGCGGUCAGCUGCGGAGUCUGCUGAUCCGCAGCAGAACGGAAGGAAGCCGGUGGAAAUUGACGCAUUAACUUCAAUGGUUACGAUCAGCUGCGUCAGUGGAUACAGCCUUUUCGUAGCCGUUCCAGAUAUGGUGGAAGUUGGGGUUUAAAGUCCACCUCCUCCAGGUGGGACACAGUCGAAACUUUUCUUAAAUACACUUUCUGUCAAAGCAGUAGGUUCUUAUCAUGCUGCUUUAGGGCAAAUGUUCAUUUCAAGUUUGGUUUUAAUUUGUCAUUUGAUGUUACAAAAGAAGGAAUGUUCAUAAUUUAUAGCUCCAGUGACAAAUGAAGGCUGCUGCAGCGUCCUUAACCAGGUUUUCAGAGCAGAGAAUGAGCAGCUGGAAGAUGUAACUGUAGGCGUCCACCAGAUCCCUGUUCAGAGCUGACAGGUUUCGCUAUAGUCAUGCUGUUUGUCUGCAGCUGAUGUGCAUGGCUCCUAUUUCUGCCAGCUGGCAUAGCACAGGGGAAAUGAACUAAUUUUCAGAGUUGAAGACUUUGUGUCGAUGCAAGAUCAUAUGUUAUUGAACGGCAUCAACAAAACACAAAGAGGAGAGCCAGGCCUUAGGUCAGCAGGAUUUCAGAGGCCAUUGACAACAACAUGUACGAGAAGUCCAUCACAGAAGCGGAAAACCAUUAGUGAUAUAAUUUACAGCAGGAAAUCCCUGAACUUGUGACUCCAAUUGAGCACAGGGAAACACUGGCCAAACAUGGAUCUAGUGGAAAUCUGAGAAAAGUACUGACUGAGAGACUUUGCUGUGUAAGAUAUUUGUGUGUUUUGAUUAACCAAAGCAGAGUGAUAUUCUCUCCAUGGCCCCACAGGCUAGAUCACUUCUAUGCAUGUUUCAGCACCCUCUAAAGCAGUAUUUAAGCUUCACUUUUUACAGUAGGAGCGCUGUCUACUUAAGAAUACAGUCAAUGAUAUUUGUUGUUUUUAUGCUCUUCUACUAUGGCUUCUUUUCUCCACAUUUGACACUUAAUUUAUCAUUUUUACAUCAUGCUCAGAGUGGUAAAUGUUGGCUGAUGUGAUACAGUAUUCUGGGUUGAUUCACUUCAGAAUAUGUGUCGUUUUUUGUUGAAACAUGACCAACUGUUCCAUCUGCUAAUCAAUUGACAAGCACUGACAGGUAAUAGUGCUAUUUCCUACCUAAAACCUGUAACACACAGUAUGAUAUUAUGACAAAGUUAGAGCUGCCCACGUCAGGGCUCAGCAGCCGCAGAGUGAAUGUGUGGUUUUGUCGUUUGCAGGUUUUGAUUUGGGAGUCAACAAGCAGCUGAUGGUCGAGCUGUCCGGCUUGCCUCUGGGGCCUCCUCGUCCCCCUGUGAUCCAGUGUCCCCCUGAAAACGCUCAGUCCAUCGUACAGAAAUUUCACAGCCUCUUCUCCGAAUCCUCAUAAGUUCCAUCUUUGUCAAACAUUUAGAGCCAAAUCACCUCUAAAUAACUGUGACAUUACCAGAGAAUUUCAAACGUUUGAUUUUCUGAUAUCCUGAAACCAGUUUCUCAAAAUAUGUUUGAUCGAUUUUAUACUCUUGACUGUUUUUACUGAAGUUUUUAACUCUUUAUUGAAUUUAAUAAAGUUAAAGGAAAAAUACAAUUACUUUAAAAAUAUACUAGCGUGUAAAUCAUUGUUGUUGCUUUUAUAUUAUGGAGGUGAUAAACCUAGCAACACUACAGUGAGGAAACUAAAAAUUAUUUUAUCUUAUUGAUCAAUGUACACUCUCCAAGCCUUGUUAGGUUAGUGGUCUAACAUUUAUGAAGACAUUGUUGAACCACACUGAACUACAGAUAAAAAUGGAGCAAAGAUGGUCUUUGGUUUUGUAGAUCAGGUUUGUCAAAUGUAACCUUUGUCAACUGGGAAAUGAAAGAUAGUUGUUCUGCUCAAAUGUCGCAAAAAUGACAACGAAACCCCCCACCCUUCCUGACCUUUGACUAACUUAAUGAGAGGGAAAAUUACACAGGUAAAGAGGGAAUUAACUGUACUGACUUUUUUUUUGAUGUAUUGCAGUUUCUGACACUCCAAAAGUGAAUGUGGUUUGUUAAAACUCAAUUCUGUUACAACAAAGCACUUGCAAACAAAAUCUGACCUUGUUUUGCAAGAGCAUGAAUUUUUAUUAAAUGUAUACUGUGUAACUGUCAAACAUAAAGGGAAAAAUGUAUAUUCAAUCUGCCUCAAACGUUUUAAAGAGUUGAUUACUUGUUUUCACACUAUUAAAUGUUCUGUUGUUUCACAUGAA